UUAAAUAGACGGAAAUACAAAAUCGGGAAGUGAGGUAUAAAGAGGUGCAGAAACCGCGCACGCACUACGUGAGUUGAAUCUUCUGCCCACCCGCGGAACUGUUGAACCGUCACUUGGUCACUCAAACGCGUGAAAGCACUGACAGAUUUAAUCAGAUACAUGUAAACAGGGUCAGGGUAUCUUCGAUUACGAGCUGUUAGUUAAAAAUACCCGGAUUCCUUUUGGCCUUGAGUGCUUUGAGGAACGCUUACUACACUGCUACGAGAAGAGCUUAUAAGGUUGAAUUGAAGGGCAGAAUUCUCGACAGAGAUCUCGGCGGUCUUCAUGAUUUUAAUGGCGCGAAGACGAAGCGCGCUUCCAGUGAUUACAGAACCGACAAUAGAUCCAGAACAUCUAACGGCUUUACAAGCGCUAGCGGAGGAGUCUCAACGAAGAAAUUCCACGAACUCCAUUCGUUUGAGUGAACAUGGCGGCAACAAGUUGGUUGUUAAUUCAAAUGGAGAAGGAAGUUUGGAGGACGCAGGUCAAGCUACGGAGCGAUACAAGCUGUCAGUUGUGGGAGAUAGCGAAUGUGGCAAAACAAGUCUCCUUAAUGCUCUUGUUAAGAGCGACUUUGAUGCCGAGGAGUCUUGCAUAUUUGACGAAUGCGUAACAGACAUAACAACAGAGGAGAGCAGAUUGGAGGUUAUGUUAUGGGAAAUAUCUGGCUUGGAGGACUAUGAGAGUAUAAGAAGGGAGAUGUACCGCGAUUCUGACGUCAUCCUAAUCUGUUUUGACAUUGGUCAUCCGCCAUCUUUGCAGAGCGUCGUUAACAAGUGGGUGCCUGAAGUCAACAGCGCAUGCCCAGGAGUACCGUACCUGCUGAUUGGCUGUAAAAAUGACUUGCGCACUGACUCGGCGCUGCAGUUCUAUCUGACGGUACCAGGACAGGAGCCAGACGAAGGUGACAGCAUCAGCAGAAUGAGGGCUGUUUCAGUUGCCCAGUCUAUAGGAGCGCGUGACUACGUGGAAUGCUGUGCCAAAACACGUUGGAAUGUCAAAGAAGUGUUCAAGAGUGCUGCGGACGCUAUUCUUCACAAGGACGACAAGGAAGACGGAAAAUCGCCGGAAGAGACUAACAAAUCUCAGUCGGUACUUCGGAGAUUUUCGUGGUUUAAUCGGAGGUCUUCGUCGGGCUCCGCCGAUAUCAGUGACUGUAACACCGUUGCUCGUUCAGUGUCGGGUAGUAGAAGACUUUCACUGUUUACGACGAGCUGACCAUCGGUGGAACUUAGGCCUCUUUAGUUCGUUGGCGGCAUUGUCGUUUCGAGUCACGUGCUGAGGUCGUUAUCUUGUUGACGUCACUGAUAAGAGCAUGCUCAAGGCCUGGGAAUUAGGCCCAGGCAUUGGUGAAAGAGCUGAUCGGGGAAAAUCAUGACGACAUUUUUCAGUGUUCUUCAGUCAUUAGGGAGCUUAAGCAACGACGACGACGACGCCGAGGACGACGACUAGUAAAAAAUGAAUUUAUAUUUUACAAGCGAAACUUGCGAUUGUCUUGAUCUGUUGGGUACGCCAAUGGCUCUAAAAACGUGCUUAAGCUAAAUAUGCAAUGACGGCGUUCAGUUCCAACUGGAAAUA